CCCCACGCUUAAAAGAUCAGACGUGUUUCUCCAACUUGGACAGGUACCAGCUCCGUAUCUACCUCGCAAUCAGACAGUAUAACUUCUGUUUAGAAGAACUCAUAUCGUUAUCGCUUGCUAUCUAUUAGUCUUGUAUCAUAAACUGCUCAAACGCCACGCUACUUCAUCAUGGCCAAGCAACAGAAAGAUAAUGAGAUCAUCGAGUUCGCCAAGGGCCUCAAGGGUACUCCAUGGUGCGAAGAGUACGAGAAGAUGAUCUCUGGCAUGCUCUACAACCCCCUGCACCCCAAGCUGUUGGACGGCCGCCACAGAGCGCGCGGUCUGGCGUACAAGUACAACAACAUUGAUCCCAGCGCUGGCACUCGUGAGGAGAUCGACGACAAGCGUGCCGAGAUGCUUUCGGAGAUGCUCGGAAAGGUCGGCAAGGGGACGUACAUUGAGACACCUUUCAUGCCUGACUACGGAAGCAAUGUCUCCAUGGGCGAGAACUGCUUCAUGAACUUUGGCUUGACCAUUCUAGAUACCAGCCUCGUCAUAAUCGGCGACCGCGUUCAGAUGGGUCCCAACGUACACAUCUACACCGCAGGCCACGAGACAAGCGUGCUAUCCAGGAUCAAGUUCGUCGAGUUCGGACAUCCCAUCCGCAUUGAGGACGACUGCUGGAUUGGUGGCAACGUAGUCAUUCUCCCUGGUGUGACCAUUGGCCGAGGCUGCACUGUUGGCGCUGGGGCGGUGGUUACUAAGAGUCUGCCCCCUUACUCGAUCGCCCUGGGCGCCCCUGCAAAGGUGGUCAAGACGAUACAGAGUGUGGAGGAGGAGUUGGCGGAUCCUAACAACCCUUACCGAAACAUGCCUGAUCGAGAAUAGAUAGUUUUGCUUUGGCAUUGCCUGUUUAGGUCAGAAAUUAGAAUUGGUCAAUGUGUAUUGCGUGUAACUGGUUAUUGUUGACUUGAGCAUCUGUUGAGAUGAGUGUAUACUCUUUGCAGCUAGUCCAUAUAUCGCCUUCCAAUCCGUCUG